AUGGCCUACAACCCAUCCGGGGCCAGUAACAGCGACCAAGCCUAUUCAUCAAUGGAGAACGAGAGCGUCGAGCUUCUGUCUGCCAUGAUGGGCGGUGAUAUUGAUCUCGAUCUGGCUCGUCGCUUGCUUCGGAAAUGCAACGGCGACGUUCAGAAAGCCGCCGAUGCUCUGCUCGAGGGAACUGCCAAGGGGAUGCUUGAAGAGACUGCAGUCAUAAGGAGGACAGGCUCCUUGAACACAAUACGAACCGACGAACGGCCUCGGAGUCGUACGGCAGGGCGCCCUGGAACACCAGUGCAACCGUCCGUUAUUGACCUUACUGGCGAAGGCGAGGACGACGAACUCUCGCGUGCGUUAAAUCUCUCGAUGGAGACCCAUAGCAAUGAACAGAGCACUCGAGUUGACCGCGACCAGAAAUCUGCCCCUCCGGACCCUGCUUGGGCCAUGGUGCGGUCAAAUGAACCAACACAUUCUGCGAUGUCACAAGACGAUCAGUCCCUCAGUCGUGCCAUCGAAGCCAGCUUCAAAGAUUUUGCAGGCGUCAAUGAAGAUGACACGCCUCCACUCGAGGACACGAUUAGGGAGGGUAAUAGGCCGGUGGUUCUGCGUACGGAAUCCCCCACUCUGGCCUACGCUGCACUGGUUCUACAAGCUUUGUUUUUUGUGCCCCAAGUUCGCAUAACUCUCUCAAAGCUAAGCCAUGUCCUUUUUGAUGUCCAAAAUGAAGCAGACCGUACCAUCUUAUCAUUGAUUGAGUUGUACGCACACAUGGACCUUGGUGCUCUAGGGGCGCUUUUGGGCAAUGAUAUCCUUUGUGGUUUCGAGGCAAAGCCUUUCAAUGGACCUAGCGAUUCGCCUGGGGAACUCUCUUCAGAUUUCCUAAAGAAGGCAGCGACCUUCAUCGACGAUUACGUCAAGCAGCUCGAUGAGAACGGCGACCCAAAACCGUUUGUGUCGUUCCGUCUUUUCAACUUCAGACACGGCUCGAUUGUUUUGUCCCCUGCUGCACCAAACGGUGUGGGUCGGGCUUUUGGAGAAACUUCCGUCGUUUCCGUCGAUGUCAAUUGCUCCCGACCCAGCCCUAAUACACUUAUGAGCCGACUUUCAACAGAUCUAUCGGAGUAUGUUGAUGGCGAAUCAAAACACGAUAUCAUUGUGGAGCCCUCCCAAGUUGUUGUGUUCGGUCUUAAACACGGAAACUUCUCGUCCUCUUCGAUACAAGAGCCGUUUACAUAUCCCAAGUCCAUCUAUAUGGAUCAAUUCCUAGGGGAGAACCUGAAGCUCACCAACGAAAAGCGCGUCCAACAGCAGCAGAUUCGUGAUAGAUUACAGGAGCUUGCAACACGAAAGCAGACCAUCACGAGAUCAAGUGAUACAGAUGGCCUACAAGCUCUGCGAGAUUCGAUGUACUACUAUGAACACCUUGCUGACGCCAAGGGUGACCCAGAGCGCAAAGAGAAACUGACGCGCACAUUGGCCCAAUUGCAGGCAAUUCUGACAACAAUCGAAAAAGAGGCAGAAGGUAUAGACGCUGAAGUAGCGAAGUUGAAGGAAGAAGAGUCAAAACUCUUUGAUUGUCCAGAACUUCAGCACCACAAGUACGAUUUACGGGCAGUUUGCAUCCACACAGGCAUUCCGGGGCGUAAACAUACGUAUCUAUAUGUACACCACGACGGUGAAUGGUGGAAGAUGGUUGAUACGGAAGUGACAAAGGUCGCCGAUGAUGCUGUGCUCACCGAUACCACUGGUCUGCAUCUGGGUGCUGGACCGUACCUUCUCUUUUACAGCCGCUCUUUGCCUGAGGACUCGCCUGCAGUGAAAUGGCCUUCUCACCUAGAGGAUGAAAUUCGGGCGAACAAUACACAUCUUAUAGAGUCCCUCAAGCUCACUGCGCUCGCAAAUACCGACUCGGCACUCAAUACUCCCGUUCCGAGUGGCGAGGCCAAAGGUGCUAAAUCUACGGUGACUGCUCCUACAAAGACAGAGUCUACCAUGGAUCUUUCGAAGUAA